GAGCCAUUUAUCUAUUCACCUCUCUAUCUACUGUAUUGGAGCUCAUCUAUUUGCCUGAGAGCAUCCCCCUUCUCAGCGAUUCGACCAGUGACCUGUGGGUAUUCGAAGAGUGGAGGAGCAAGUCUCCCCGCAAUCAACGACUCGACCAUGGCCGAACAGUCGCUCGAAGUUCCAGAGAGCUCGAAUGGCUCAAACACUGCGUCUCCACGAUCCAGCGUUGACUCUCGCCCUCCUUCAAUUGGAGGGCGGACCCCUCGAUUAUCCCACGCCUCGAACCACCAACACCGGCAGAGCUUUAGCGAGUCUCUCCGCGCAGCACCUGGGUCCCCGCGCGCCAGACGGCAACCCUCACUCACGCAAGCCGCUAUACAGAGCUUGAUAGACAAUCCUCCAGCUCCGCACAAUAUGAACCCUGUGUUUGCUGGCCGAGAUUGGCGGGAAAUCUCAAUCGGGGAGCUAGUGAGCCCAGAUGACUUGAGGUUCGUGGAGGUAGAUACUGGUAUUGAGGAAGCCACGAAUAUCCUCAUUGACACAGACGCACCAGUAUUGUUGAUUCGCGAGACACCCGAACACAAAACAGCCGUUGGGACCUUUGAUUAUAGCGAUCUCAAUACGUACCUACUACUUGCAGCCGGUCUAACCAGGCCAGAUGAAGACCUGCUUCCUGCUUACGAGGAGCUUGCUCGCAAGGCCCGCGAUAAUAUUCCAAUUCCGAUGAGAGACGUGAAGGAGCUUGGGAGGAAGGAACCGUUGACGACGCUUCCGUCGUCUGCCAGUUUGAUGAUGGCAGUCGAAACGUUUGGAGGGGGUGUACACCGUGUGGUCGUCAUUGAUGAACACCGAGACAGCGAAGUCAUAGGCAUUGUUAGUCAAUUUCGGCUCGUCAAGUUUCUCUGGGAGAAUGGUCGGUGUUUUCCAGUACUUGACCAGCUGUACCCGCAGUCCUUGCGAGAUUUAAAGAUCGGAUCUCACAGGGUCAUCUCUAUCAAUGGUGACAAAAUGCUCUCCGAAGCGUUGCAGCUGAUGCACAGUGAAGGUAUAUCUUCUGUGGCUGUUGUCGACAAUCAUUUCAAUGUUGUCGGAAACAUAUCUACCACGGAUGUUAAGUUUAUGGGUUACCGAUCCAUACUCACCGUCGUCAUCGGGACCUCCUACUCCAUCGCACUCAACGGUGCACAUUCCACUCUAUCCGACUGGAAGCACCAGCGCACAGUCGCCGCCCCAAUCUCCCAACGCACCGGUGGCCCAUGUGCAGCCGGCGGGCCAAUCUACGGCAGGUCCAUAUGUGAAUCCGGCACCCCUUACGCCGUCGAUUCCAGCGUCUGCUCUGCCGGGGGCCCGGUUGUCAGGACGCCUUGUGGGCGUAGUGAGCCUAACAGACGUGUUGAACCUGCAUGCUCGAGCCAGCGGAUUAAGCCCAGCUGAUCCAGCAGAAAAUCGCAGUAGAAGGCGACGAAGCAGUAGUUCAAGCAUCAGUGUGCGGCGGAGCGGUGAGAUAGGAAGAGAGCUAUUUAGUCGAUAAUUAGGUUGGUUUUUCUUUUUUUCUUUUUUGUUUUCUUUUUUGCAAAGAUGUGACUUCGAGAAAUGGCGUUUGUACAUG